AUGGGCUCGCUUCCUGCGGCAGCUACUCUGACCGUCCAAGACCAAUAUAUCGGCGCGCCGCAGCCAAUCAAGGUCAUUGUGAUUGGGGCGGGAAUCUCCGGUAUUGCCUUUUCCUACAAAGCGCAGUUCCUCGAGGGUGUUGAGUAUGUCAUUUAUGAAAAGAACGCCGACGUCGGCGGCACAUGGCUCGAGUCCCGCUACCCCGGUUGCUCGUGUGAUAUCCCGGCGCAUUCGUACAGCUACCCAUGGGUAGGGAACCCGGAGUGGUCGAAGGUGUAUGCCGGAGCCGAAGAGAUUUGGGAUUUUUAUCGCCAGCGAGCCAAGGAGUACGGGCUGUACGAACAUGCAAAGUUCAACCAGCGAGUGAUUGGAGCAGAGUGGGACGAUGAUAGCGGACGGUGGACAAUCAAGGUGCAAGACGCUGCCUCGGGAAGGAUCACCGUCGAUUCCGCCGAAGUGGUCCUCAACUGUGCUGGGGUGCUCAACCAGUGGAAGUGGCCGGACAUCCAGGGUCUCCACUCGUUUGGUGGAACACUGGUCCAUACGGGGAAUUAUCCUCAAGGUCUGGAUCUCGCUGGAAAGCGCGUAGCCGUCAUCGGUGCUGGCUCGUCCGCCAUCCAGGUUGUGCCAACAAUCCAACCAAUUGUCAAGUCACUUGUGACUUUCGCCCGGUCGCCCACCUGGGUAGCACCCCAGUUCGUGGGAAGACUCGCAACCGACGGGCGGUCCACGAAAUACACGGAAGCCCAGAAGGAACAAUUCCGUACUGACCCCGAGCGUUUGGUAGCAUACCGCCGGGAAAUUGACCAGGAGCUCAAUUCAAGAUUCCCCAACUUUUACAAGAAUUCCCCAGCACAGAAGAUGUCGCGGGAGAUCGUUGAGAAGAGCAUGCGUGAACAACUCGCCAAGAUGGACCCAGCGCUACGCGAGCAGCUCAUUCCCGACUUUGAUGUGGGAUGCAGACGGGUCACUCCGGGCGAGGGCUACCUCGAGGCCCUUCAGCAAGACAAUGUCGAGGUCGUCCGGACUCCUAUCCAGGAAGUGACGCCAGAUGGAGUUGUCACGCGCGAGGGUAAAGUAUACUCCGUGGACGUGAUUAUUGCGGCAACAGGAUACGAUACUUCCUACGUCCCUGGAUUUCAAUUGACAGGGCGUAAUGGGGUCGAUCUCGCGAAGCGAUGGAAGCAAACAGGGGCCGAAGCUUAUUUCACCUGUGCAGUCCCAGACAUGCCGAACUACUUCAUGGUGGUUGGACCAAAUACACCCAUCUCCAACGGCUCGCUAAUGCCGUCUAUUGAGGCGCAAGUCGACUUCGCGCUCUCCUUCGUGGAUCAAAUUCAGCGCCAAGGAGUCAAGUCGGCCGUCGUCAGUCAGUCUGCCACGACGGAGUUCAAUGACCAUAAAGAUGCCGUCAUGGAGCUGCUCACGUUUUCCGGAAACUGUAAUAGCUGGUACAAGGGCGGCACUUCCACCGGUAGGAUUGUUGGGCCGUGGCCAGGGUCAGUGAACCACUUUCUCGAGUCGAUUAGGAAUCCACGCCUGCAGGACUUCGAGUAUACAUACCGCACACAGAAUCGAUUCAUGUAUCUGGGCAAAGGUCUCUCAGCGCGGGACCUCGCCAAGGAUAAUCUUGGGUGGUAUAUUAGGGGAUAA